UCCCGUCGAGACUCGAAAGGCACCGGCUCCUCAUCCCAAUCAAUCAUUCGCACCAAAUUAAUCAAAGUAUUCCCUCACGCCCCGAGGCCUGUGAAGGAGAAGGCCCUCCAGGAUAAUUAUUAAAAGUAAGCAUAGGUGCAUCCACUUGCUCUCUUGAAGUUCUAAAGCCACGUCCUCCGCCUGAGUGUCCCCGCAGUCUCCGGUACGCCCUCCCUCCCUCC